AUGGAUCGUGGCCGCGGGCCCCAACCGCAGUCGCAGUCGCAGCCACUCGACGUGGACGGACUCGGCGCCCAAAUCGCCCAAAUGCUGGUCCCUAUCCUCACGGCCCAAAACUCAUGCCAAGUCCACGAGCAGUGCGAUAGCAGCUGUCCGAACCGUAUUGGCGUCAAACGAUACCAGCUAAUGCCCAACGGCGAGCGGCGCUAUGAAACAGAUGAAAGGGCCCGGCUGGGCGAGCAACUCGGCCAUAUGAGGCUCAACGAUGGACAGCCACCGCGACAGCAACCAUAUGUUAUUCAUCCGCAAACACCGAGAUUCGCCUAUACCAGUCUCAGGUCACCGCAUACCAUGAUUCGACUUGUGAAAUUGAAGAGCGCGUAUUUCAGAGCAGACCCCGUGGACUGUGAACUGCUCACUUUUGACAUUGAUGACUUGCCUCCUUAUGGGGCACUUUCAUAUUGUUGGGGUGCGGCUGGGGAGGCAAGUAAGAUGAUAUGUAAUGGAAGGUUGUUCUACGCGCGACCUAGUUUGGAAAGAUCGUUUAAGAGAUUACGCGCUGGGUUUAGUUCCGGCCAGACGGAGGAGUAUAUCUGGGCGGAUGCGCUUUGCAUUAACCAGGCGGAUCUUGAGGAGAAGGGCGCGCAGAUUCAGCUGAUGGAGCGGAUUUACUCGUACGCAGCUACAGUGUAUGUUGAUCUUGGAGAUACGGCCGGCCAUGUGGUUUCGAGUGGUUCCAUGUCGGCGACAAUCGGGGGAGCUUGGGGCAUGGGCAGUCCCGAUACGUUGAACCCGGUCAACGAGGCUACACCUCAUCCGUUGUUGUACAAGACAGUGUUCCUGGCUCUUCGACAGCCGUGGUUUACCAGGACUUGGGUGAUUCAAGAGGCGGCGUUGGCGAGGAGAGCCGUGUACAUGUUCUCGGGGAAUGUGUUUUCGCAAAAGCAACUGGAUGACGUUUUGAGCCGGGAGGCUAUGCGUGCGAAUCCCAGCCGCAUGCAAGAGUUGAUGCAGCUGGGUGGAAAUGACGCCCUGCGAAACUAUCUCAACUAUACGAAGCUGCAACAAAUCAGGAAUGGAAGGGGGAGGAUGGGUUCAUUGGAGGUUAUGGAGCUGACGAGGGACUUUGUCGCUAGCGAUCCUGCGGAUAAAGUGUUUGGCUUGUUUGCGCUCAUGAACGAAGAUGACCGGCGAGCAAUAGGUUCAUAUCCCCAGACUCUUGAAGAGGUGUUUCGACGUUUUGCUGCACUGCAGGUGCGAAGGGGCUUUGCUAUCAAAAUGCUAGACAGUGCAGGCCUGCAACGAAGCUACACCCAAGAUCGGAGGCUUCCGUCUUGGGUGCCCGACUGGACGAACCAGAAGAAGUCACCGAAACAAAUUGCUGGUUUGCGCCCUGUUCCAUACGCAGCGGCUGGAUUUACGGAACCUCAAGUCCGCAUGAUGGGGGACGACUCAGGAUCUGGUGGUCUCAGUCUUCGCGGCUUGAUAGUCGACACGAUCGACACCGUUAUCCAUGUCCACAGCGCACCGCUUACACCCGAGGGUGAACCAUCAUUCCUGGCGUUCCACGAUAAGUUCCGCCCGGCCUUUGACGAUUACGUGCGAAGAGUCAGGGGGAAACCGAGAUACAUGGACAACGAGGAGGUUUUCGCACGAUUGCUGCUCAUGGACGACACGUAUACAGGACGAAAUGCAAUCCUAUACAGCAGUCCCAUAGAGAAUCCGGCGCUGACAUAUCGUUCUGCACUGGCUGCCUGGCGUGAAGGACGCAACUAUCGCAAUGGUAUGGGCGGGGGUAAAAUGGAUGCCGUGCAGACAUUUCAGAUGCAAGCGAUUGCCGUGUGUCCUGGACGUGGCUUUGCGACAACUCGGGGCGAGUAUAUCGGACUGGUGCCGCCAGUUGCGGAAGCUGGGGAUCUCGUGGUAGUGUUUUACGGAGCCACCGUGCCGUACAUCAUACGGAGAGUGGCGAAUGGCUAUAUUUUGAUUGGCGAUGCAUUUGUACACGGCUUCAUGUGUGGCGAGGCUUUGGAGAGGCGAGAUUUGGAGGCGACGGAUAUUGUUCUUGUGUGA